AUGUUUGCAGCUACAUUUAAACCUCAAACAGGACCUGUAUUUGUCGGUUCUGGUGCCAAAAAAGAAGGAGAAAUUUUAGGUUUAGGAUUACCAAAAUUAGGAAGUAGGCAACAAAGUGAUUUAGAAUUAAUGAAAAGGUUUGCCAAGGAUGCUUCUGUAAAACAUUUUCUUCAACAACAAAAUGUUGCUCAUCAACAAAAUCAACAAAAAGUUCAGAUGUAUGCACAAGCAUUGAGUCUUAUGGCUCGUGUUUAUAUAGGAUCUAUAAGUUUUGAAGUACGUGAGGAACAAAUAAAAGAAACUUUUUCCGCUUUCGGUCCUAUUAAAUCUAUUAAUAUGUCUUGGGAUGCUAUUACAGGUCAUCAUAAAGGCUUUGCUUUCUUGGAAUUUGAAGUACCAGAAGCUGCUAUUUUAGCUCAGGAAACUAUGAAUGGAAGAAUUAUGGGAGGAAGAAAUUUAAAGGUUGGUAAACCAUCAAAUAUUCCACAGGCACAACCAAUUAUUGAAAAUGUAACGACGGAAGCUAAAAAGUAUCAUAGAGUUUAUGUUGCUUCUGUUCAUCCAGAUCUUUCAGAAACUGAUUUAAUGGGAGUAUUCGAGCCAUUUGGAACAAUUAUAAAAUGUCAACUUGCUAAACAACUUGGAGGAAAAGGACACCGUGGAUUUGGGUAUUUGGAAUACACAACAGCAAAUGCUGCUGCUGAAGCUAUAAGUGCAUUAAAUAAUUUUGAUCUCGGAGGUAUGACGUUGCGAGUUGGUAAAUGUAUAACUCCACCAGAUGCUCUUACGUAUGUUAUUCCAUCAUCUCAAUCUAAUCUACCUUCAGCUGCUGCUAUGGCUGCGGCUUCAGUUACAGCCUCAAUUAAACAAAAAGAAGUUAAAAAAACUGCUAGUCCAAAUGAGAAUUCACCAGCUGCCAUCAGUAAUAAACCUUUUUUUGAAAAAUCUCAAUCACCAUUUACUUCCCCAAAUGAAUGUUCUAAUGAUGGUAUUUCUACAACAAAUAAACCUCGUAAACGUAGAGGAUUUGGAGCACAAGUUUCUAUUGUACCUCCUCCUGCUGUAAUUGCAAAUCCAUUGGCUAUUUCACAAUCAACCACUUUUGCAUCAAUGGCUUUAGAAGAAAAAAGUAUGGUUGAACAGAAUGGUGGAAGUCAAAAUAAUGAUUGUAUGGUAAAUAAUAUAAAAUUACCCGAGUUACCAAAACCAGGAGAGAUUGCUACUUGGACACCAGUUAGUUCAAGUAAUUUUACUUCAUGUAAUUUAGAUAAUAACACUAAUAAAAAAGAAGAUGAAGAAAUGUUAAGUAUACAACAUCAUAAUGAUUCUCACUCAACAGCUUUAGUAGCUUGUGAUAAUUCUAUUAAAAAUAGCACAAAUGACAUAGAGUAUAGCAAAAGUAAUAAUAGUGAAGAGGAAGAGAAACAUAAAUCAAAACGUUCUAGACGUGGAAAAAGUAGUAAAAAACAUAAAGAAAAUGAUCAUGAAACUAAAAAUCACAAAAAGAAUCAUAUAAGUACAAAUUCUAUUGAGGCAAUAAAAAAGUCAGAUGCUGUUAAUGACCAAAUUAACCAAGUUAAGUUAAAUAAUGAGGAAGUAUCUUUGGCUCAUCAAGAGAAAUGUGAAAUAAAGGGUAAUGAAGCUAGAUAUUUAUUAAUGAACAAAUUAAUGAAAAAAAUAAAAAGUUCAGUUGUUGUACUUCGAAAUAUGGUAACUCUUCCAGAAGUGGAUGACUUAUUAGAGCAUGAAAUUAAAGAAGAAUGUUCCAAAUAUGGAGAAAUUAAAGAUAUAUGUUUAUUUAAUGAACCUGAAACAAUAAAUGUUCGUGUUUUUAUUCUUUUUAGAAGUCCAGAGGAAGCGGAAUGUGCUAAGAAUGCUUUGGAUAAAAGAUUUUUUGCCUGUAAAAAAAUUUCAGCAUCAAUUUAUGACCAAAUUCUCUUUGAAUCUGGAGACUAUAUGGGAGUGUGUACAUAA